CGUCUCCAUGGCCUGGCCUGCUGGCCCUCCGGGCGGCCGGCGAUGAAGUGAGGGCCGGGCGCGGGGCCUUGUGCCGGCCAGCCAUGAACUACCCUCCGCAGCCGCCGCCGCCCCAGCAGCACCAGCAGCAGCAGCAGCAGCAGGCCCACUCGGCCGCCAUCCGCGCGGAGAUCGGGCGCUUCGAGUCGGUGCACCCCAACAUCUACUCCAUCUACGAGCUGCUGGAGCGGGUGGAGGAGCCGGCGCUGCAGGGCCAGAUCCGCGAGCACGUCAUCGCCAUCGAAGAUGCCUUUGUAAAUAGCCAGGAAUGGACACUAAGUCGUUCUGUGCCAGAACUCAAAGUGGGCAUUGUGGGAAAUCUAGCUAGUGGGAAAUCUGCCCUCGUACAUCGGUAUCUGACUGGGACGUAUGUCCAGGAGGAAUCACCAGAAGAUAUGGAUGCAGGUGGAAGAUUUAAGAAGGAGAUCGUAGUCGACGGACAAAGCUACUUGCUGCUGAUCAGAGAUGAGGGGGGUCCUCCUGAGGCCCAGUUUGCCAUGUGGGUGGAUGCUGUCAUAUUUGUAUUCAGCCUGGAGGAUGAAAUUAGCUUCCAGACUGUGUAUCACUACUACAGCCGUAUGGUGAACUAUCGCAACACUAAUGAAAUCCCAAUGGUGCUAGUGGGAACUCAGGAUGCUAUAAGUUCCAGUAAUCCUCGUGUCAUCGAUGAUGCUAGAGCACGGAAGCUGUCAAACGAUUUGAAAAGAUGCACCUACUAUGAAACCUGUGCUACUUAUGGGUUGAAUGUGGAAAGAGUCUUUCAGGAUGUUGCACAGAAGAUUGUAGCAACAAGAAAAAAGCAGCAGCUUUCGAUAGGUCCUUGUAAAUCACUACCAAACUCUCCGAGUCACUCAUCUGUGUGUUCUGCUCAGGUCUCCACAAUACACAUCAGCCAGACCAGCAAUGGAGGAGGCAGCUUAAGUGACUAUUCCUCCUCGGUCCCCUCCACUCCGAGCACCAGCCAGAAGGAGUUGCGGAUCGAUGUCCCUCCCACUACUAACACUCCAACGCCUGUCCGUAAACAGUCCAAGCGCCGGUCCAACCUUUUCGCGUCUCGGAAAGGGAGCGACCCAGACAAAGAGAAGAAAGGAUUGGAGAGCAGAGCAGAUAGCAUCGGAAGCGGCCGUGCAAUCCCAAUUAAACAGGGUAUGCUGCUAAAGCGAAGUGGCAAGUCAUUAAAUAAAGAGUGGAAAAAGAAAUACGUUACACUCUGUGACAAUGGCGUGCUGACCUAUCAUCCAAGUUUGCACGACUAUAUGCAGAACGUUCAUGGGAAAGAAAUUGAUCUUCUAAGGACUACAGUUAAAGUCCCUGGGAAGAGGCCACCCCGAGCCACAUCUGCAUGCGCUCCCAUUUCGAGCCCAAAAACAAACGGCUUGUCCAAAGAUAUGAGCAGUUUGCAUCUCUCGCCAAAUUCAGGGAAUGUGACUACUAGCACCUCUGUGUCUCAGAUGACGAGCGGCAUCAGUCUUGUUUCCUUCAACAGUCGUCCUGAUGGGAUGCAUCAGAGGUCCUACUCUGUUUCCAGUGCUGACCAGUGGAGUGAAGUGACAGUCAUUGCAAACUCAGGCAUCAGUAGUGAUACUGGCUUGGGAGAUUCUGUGUGUUCCAGCCCCAGUAUGUCUAGUACCACAAGUCCUAAGCUGGACCCUCCUCCUUCCCCUCACGCUAACAGGAAAAAACAUCGCAGGAAGAAAAGCACUAGCAAUUUUAAACCUGAUGGUAUCUCAGGCACUGCUGAAGCCAAACGCAAAGCAUGGAAACUAAACCGUGUUGGUAGUCUGCGAAAUAUAUACAGCAGCAGCAGCACCAACACCGAAGAGCAAGAGGAAAAUUUUGAAUUUAUCAUUGUGUCCCUUACUGGUCAGACUUGGCACUUCGAAGCGACGACUUAUGAAGAAAGAGACGCCUGGGUGCAAGCUAUAGAGAGUCAGAUUCUGGCCAGUCUGCAGUCCUGUGAGAGCAGCAAAAAUAAGUCCCGACUGACAAGUCAGAACGAGGCCAUGGCCCUUCAGUCAAUAAGGAACAUCAGAGGCAACUCUCGCUGUGUGGACUGUGAAGCACAAAAUCCCGACUGGGCGAGUCUAAAUCUGGGAGCCCUCAUGUGCAUCGAGUGCUCAGGGAUACACCGGAACCUCGGCACACACCUGUCGCGCGUCCGAUCCCUCGACUUGGAUGACUGGCCUGUCGAGCUGAUCAAAGUUAUGUCCUCCAUCGGGAAUGAGAUGGCCAAUAGCGUGUGGGAAGAAAUUACCCAGGGGCGUGUGAAGCCCUCCCCAGACUCCACAAGGGAAGAAAAAGAGCACUGGAUCCGGGCGAAAUACGAGCAGAAGCUCUUCCUUGCUCCACUGCCAUGCUUAGAGCUUUCCUUGGGGCAGCACUUGCUACGAGCAACGGCAGAGGAGGACUUGCGGACUGUCAUCCUCCUCCUGGCACACGGGUCACGAGAGGAAGUGAACGAGACUUGCGGAGAUGGGGACGGGCGUUCAGCCUUACAUUUGGCUUGCAGGAAAGGAAACGUCAUGCUGGUGCAGCUCUUGAUUUGGUACGGUGUUGACAUUAUGGCCCGCGAUGCCCAUGGAAACGGAGCCCUGGCCUACGCCAGGCAGGCCUCGAGCCAGGAAUGCGUGGACAUCCUCCUGCAGUAUGGCUGUCCCGACGAGCGCUUUGUUCUCAUGGCCACCCCCAAUUUAUCUCGGAAGAACACUAACAGGAACAACAGCAGCGCGACCAGAAUGCCCUCCAUCAUCUGAAGGAU